AAUCUCAUUACAUCUGCUCCUCUAUGAAGAAGGUACAUUGUGUGGAGGUCUUGGAUCCAACGAGACGAGCACUGGAGGUCACAUGUGGAAAAUAUGCCAUGUGACCGGUGCCAAUAUUCAAAACGACGUCUAUACCCUACAAUUGUCUUUUAUAUUAAUGCGCUCACCCGGUUAGUAUUUGCAGCCGACGGCAUCAUUUAGCAGCUGCAUGUGGGUGCAGUAUACAAGCCAGUGGCUGUCGGAACAAGCUUAAUCACAACGUGAUCACGGUUCACAAAAAAUCAGUCUGCAGGUAGGGGCCUUUAGACACCUGCGCCAUGUGUGCCAUGAUCACAGUCGUUGCUUUUCUUUUUGUCACUUGCAGUUGUGUAUUGCGUGAUUUAAUUAUGUGGCGCUGCAGCCUCACGCGCCUAUAGAAACUUUCCCAUUCAGAGGCAACCCCAGGAAGAAUACAAGAACAACAACAAAAAAAACCCAAACAAAAAACAGUUAAUUAGAACCACGGAGCUUUGAAGCGAGCCGGGGUCUGAAACUGGAGGAGAGGAACCAGUUCGGAGCCACAAAAGGUAGAAAGGAAACGAAAAACCUGAGCGGAGAACUGAAAGGCAUUUAGAAUAAUCCCACGUGUAAAUUGUGACAUGCUUAGAGAGAGGGGGAAAAAAAGAAAGUUUUGGGUUGGUCAAAGUGUGCAGAGAGGGAGGGAGAGAAAGGGAUGAGAAAUCUGGUGCGCGCUGGGAACCAUCCGGACAAGAGCUGAAAGACGGAUAUUCCCUGCCUCAGGACACACCCUCCACGCUCUCUUUCUCUCUCUCUCAUUGUUUCCCACACUGUCUCUGUCGCCGCUGGGCUUCGUAUCGGGUUCACAAAUGACCAACCAGCCGCUUGGAUGAGAAGAGCGCAAAGUGAAAUCAUUCCCUUUGAGAAACGCAACUUCGGCAGUUGCUUCGCCAACACACGCAUCACGGAUUAGAAUGAUUAUAGAUGUCUCCGGGGGUUUUCUCUAGUUAUUUCUUGCGUGGAUCAGGCUUGAAGAAGGACAGAAGAAGAGAAAGAAGAAGAAGAAGAAGAGAGAGUGUCAUCUAAUUGGGAUGAGAGUUCAAGUCAAAUGAGCCGGCAGAUUGAACCUUUAAAGCCUCUUAACGCAGGUGGUGGGAGGAAUACAGCGCAAGGGGAGUGUGUUUAUGUGCCGCGCGCGUGUAUGUGUGCCCGUGUGUUUGUGUUCAUGUGUGAUUCCCAGAGGAAAUCCACCCUGGACACAGCGGCAAGGGGGUGAUCAGGUGCGUGUGGGUGGGGGAUAAAUCCAAGCGGAGACAGAGGUAGUUAUGGUUUCUCUGACUUGGACGCCAUGAAGUGGGUCUACGGGAGUUUCAGGGUUUAAGACCGGAGAGGAGGAGAGCUGGGCGGUCGGACGGACGCAGGGAGGGGGGGAGGAGGAGGGGGACACCACCACCGCCUAAGCGCACAACACGGUCCCCGAUCCCCUGACGCAGGGAUGGAGAGCAUGAGAGCGCACAGGGUAACUCGGCUCGAUGCCACAGACGGGAGCGGAAAGAUCACCAGGAGGCCAGACAUGAGGUGGGACCGGCACCGGGGACACCUCCACCUGCACCGGACUGUGAUCUUUCUCGUCGCGCUCACGAUACAACCUCAGGCUGUGUGUGCUGUAGGGAUGUUCGAGCUCCAGAUCCAUCACUUCCAGAACCCACAUGGACUUCUGCAGACAGGAGACUGCUGCGACCUCCAGGCCAGCGGAGGGCAGCGCUGCUCAGCCAGGGACCAGUGUGACACUUUCUUCCAAGCCUGCCUCAAGGAGUACCAGGCCCGGGUCGCCUCAACUGGAACUUGCACCUUCGGGUCGGGCAGCACUGGGAUCCUGGGUGGAAACUCCCAGUUGUUCCACCACCGAGGACACGAUGGAGGAGGAAGGGGAGGAGGAGGAGGAGGAGAGGAUGGAACUAAUGGACACAUUGUCAUUCCCUACGAAUACGCUUGGCCAAAGUCCUUCUCGCUUGUGUUGGAUGCUCUGGACUAUGACAACGACACAUCAGAAUCAGGUCAGCUGAUUGAGCGAGUCCUCCUCUCAUCCAUGUUGAACCCUGGUGAACAGUGGCAAAAUUACCGUCACCACGGACGAACUUUCAGUCUGGAAUAUCGACUUCGCUUUCGCUGUGAUUCAAACUACUAUGGACCUUUCUGCAACAAGUUCUGCAGGGCCCGUGAUGACUUCUUUGGUCACUUCAACUGUGACUCCAGUGGCUCCAAGGUCUGCAUGGAGGGCUGGACAGGACCAGAGUGCAAAGAAGCGGUGUGUAAGCAGGGGUGUCAUCAGGUCCACGGCUCCUGCACUGUUCCUGGAGAAUGCAAGUGUCAUUAUGGCUGGGCGGGCCCCCUGUGUGACCAGUGUGUGACGUUCCCCGGCUGUGUGCAUGGAAGCUGCACCGAACCCUGGCGGUGUGUGUGUGACGUCAACUGGGGAGGACUGCUGUGUGACAAAGAUCUGAAUUACUGUGGCACCCACCAGCCCUGUAAGAACGGAGGGACAUGCACCAACACAGAGCCAAACGAGUACCAGUGUGAAUGCCAGGAAGGUUACAAAGGACGCAACUGUGGCAUUGUGGAACAUGCGUGUUUGUCGUCCCCGUGUAUGAACGGUGCCACCUGUGUGGAAAACCCAACAGGCUUCAGCUGCAUCUGUACAGACGGCUGGACCGGACACACCUGCGCUGAUGCCGUGAGGCAGUGUGAUCGGAGCCCUUGUGGACGUGGAGCAACAUGUCGGGAGGCUCCUGGAGGUUACCAGUGCCUCUGCCCGCCUGGAUGGACGGGCAGGACCUGCCAGCUGGACACCAACGAGUGUGAAAUGAGUAUAUGUGUACACGCCCGCUCUUGUCGCAACCUGAUUGGUGGAUACCUAUGUGACUGCCUUCCUGGGUGGACGGGACCUAAAUGUGACAUCAGGAACAGCAGCUGUCAGGGUUUGUGUCUGAACGGUGGACGUUGCGAGGACCAGCUGUCAGGGUCCAGAUGCUUGUGUCCACCUGGCUUCACAGGGAAAUAUUGCCAAAAUGGACCGAGUCCUUGUGGCAGUGCCCCCUGUCUGCAUGGAGGACAGUGUGUGGAGAAAGACGAGAGGACCUUCACCUGCAACUGCCUCUUGGGAUAUUCAGGAAACUUUUGUGAGAUAGUGUUGGAUCCUUGCAAUCCUAACCCUUGCCAGCAGGGGGCUCCCUGUCACAGUGCGGAGGGCCAAUACAUGUGUGCCUGCCCUGAUGGUUAUUAUGGUAAUGAGUGCAUGAGCCUCAAAAAUCCCUGCAUUGGUCAGCACUGUCCAGGUGCCAUGUCUGACACGACACACGGUGGUGUCAGCUUCUACAUUAUCCUGGUGGGUGUCUUGGCUUUAGUGACGGUCUGUGGCUGUGCAGCCUGCGCCUUUAUUCUCUCCCACCUCCAUCGAAAGCGGAAAAAGCAGCAGGCCGUCCCACAGGAAGAAGGCAUAAACAAUCAGAGGGAGUUUGUCAAUCUCAUCAGAAAUGUGGACCGUCCCGUGCCCCUCCUGCCCCCCGCCACCCCGCUCACACACCCUCCUGCCCCUGCCCCCGUCUCACGUUGCUACGAGGAGAUUGAACUGACCCUGCCGCCCUCCCCAGCACCUUCGCACUCAUCUCCGGCGCUAAAGCCAGCCCACGCACCCAAACUGGACAUUUCAAAUCGUGAGAGGGAGAAGUUGAACCGCUUCCACUACACAGAGAACCAGGAGCUGGAGGCCUGACCUUUGAACUUUUGGCUGUCUGAGGAGUUUUUUUUAAUUAUUAUUAUUAUUUUAUUUUAUGUUCUUGGCACUCUCCCACACAGGGACCUGUUUUCAAUGUCUUGCACUGUGUCACUGUUGCUGUUAUGAAAACUGGGUGACUCCUGACCUUUAUGUGCUCAGGCAGCUAUCGGUAGACUCCUGACAACUGACAGCUGCUUCGUUAGUCCUACUGCGUUGUCCUCUUUGACAAUGACAAACUCGAUUUAAUAUGGAGACUUGAGUGCCUGAGAUACUGUCAAAAGGAAAUAGUGGAUCAUCUUCCGUAGGAGACACUCGACAUGUUUGUGCUCAUAUCUCCAUUUCUGUUUCGGACUCAGCUUUGACGGACCGAGAGAUUAAAGAAUGGAUGCUUUUGCUGAUGCUUAUGAAUGCUUAUUUAACAUUCGGUGUGUUUCUGUGUUUGGUUGUAUAUAAGCGCGUGUGAGAGUGAAAUAGAGAAUGUACAUUAAAUGUGUGGAGAGGAAAAGAAGGACAAAGACAGUUUACUUUAAGAAAAGACGACAAAGCUGAUAAACUUGUCAAAGAGAGUGCGCACUCCUCAUCCAAAGGCUUUCAAGCCUUCUGAAAACUGUUUUAAAACUGUACACUGUUGCCUGUAUUGUCUCUGUAAUACUACAGUUUGUCAAAGAUGUAUGAUUUUUUCAUACCUGCAUGUAAAUUAGCUCUUUUUUGUACAUGGAUAUAUUGUACAUAUUGAAGCCCUUUUGUACUGUGAUUUGGUUUGGAAGUAUCACUGUGUUACUUUGCUCUGUUUGUCCCAUUUCACUUUCCAUUUGGAGCAACCAGCACAUGUGGAUUGUAAUAAAAGUGCAUUUACCAGCUA